GUUUUUUUUCAUGAUAUGAUAUUUACAUCUUCUGAUUAUCGACCGCGUUCUUGCGGCUGCUGCCCGUGUGGUUGCAUUCUCAUUUUGAGACUUUAAAUUUCUACGGUUACUCACGCAAAAUAUCUUGGCCAAUAUGUCGUCAUGCAGCUAUGCCUCUUCGACUGACAGUGCGGAGCUGAACUUCCAAGGAGUAUAUAUUGCUGGAAAGCCCGAGAAUGUCCAGUAUGAUGUAUGUUGCAAGCAAGGUGUGAUCACUUCCAUGACGGAGUCUCAACCUGAUCAACCUUACGGCGGUCUUUUGGUCCCUUCUCUGUGCCAUCCUCACAUUCAUCUCGACAAAUCUUACCUUCUGUCUCACCCGAAGUAUGCAGAUCUGGAGAUUGAGAAGGGAGACUUUGCUGAGGCAAUGAAAUUGACAAGCGAAGCCAAAGCAAGAUUUGAUCUUGAAGAUCUCAUGGAGCGAGGACGAGCUUUGAUUCAAGAAAGCAUCAAUUUCGGUGUAACGCACAUGAGAGCCUUUGUCGAAGUCGAUUUGGGGGUCAAAUUGAAGUGUCUCGAAGCUGGUCUCGCCCUCAAGGAGGAGUUUUCUGAUCGAUGCCAUAUUCAAAUUUGUGUUUUCGCCCAGGAUCCUAUUUUCUCCUACAGGGAUAGCGGUAGAGCCAUGCAGAGAAUGCUCGAGAACGCUGCAAGCAAACCUGGCGUUGAGGCAUUUGGCAGUACGCCGUAUGUCGAGUCAAAUGGUGAUCUUCAUAAGCAGAUUGCCAACAUUGAGUACGCAAUUAAGAUAGCCAAGCGGUACAAGUUGCACCUGGACUUUCAUAUCGACUACAACUUGGACCCAAACAAGCAAAGCAUGGUCAUUGAAGCUCUCAGAUUGCUACACAAGAUGAACUGGCCCUCGAACUUCAACUACCCUACUUACAGAACCAUCAUCUUUGGCCACUGCACUCGACUUACACUCUUCACAACCGAAGAAUGGGAGCAGCUGCAAGAACAAGUUCGCGGACUGCCUAUAUCAUUCGUUGGACUUCCAAGUUCUGAUCUUUUCAUGAUGGGUAGACCGACUGAGAAGGAUGAGGGAAGCCAACGGGUUCGAGGUACACUUCAAGUUCUACAGGUCAUCAGAAAAUACGGCAUGAAUGCGGUCAUUGGUGUGAAUAACGUUGGAAAUGCCUUCACACCUCAAGGCUCGGCAGAUCCACUUGCUCUGGCCAGCUUAGGUGUGGGUUUGUAUCAAGCAGGCACGAAGCAGGAUACAGACUUGCUAUUGCAAUGCGUCUCGAAUCGUGCUAAGCUGGCAAUGGGCAUCGUUCAAUCAACUCCAUAUGAGAUCGAUAUUGAUGUCUCUGAUCCAGCAGAAUUUGUUGUCUUUGGGAGUAAGUUAAGCACCGGGUCAAAGUCAUUCAGGGCCAGAAGGACGAUUCAAGAUGUCGUUUACGACCCAGCACCGGAUAGAAUUACCGUAUACAACGGCGAAGUGGUCAGCGAGCAGUAAAGCGGAGCCUGCUGUGCCUAGAAUUUGCUGGUAGGGCUGUAAUUCUGACUCACGUGGACGCCUGCUCCCACCAGUACCUAGUUCACGUGCAUAUAUCAGGCUACAAACGGAUUGGGGUCAAGACGGUCAUUCCGUGCAAGCAGCUGUAUGGCUCGAUGUGUAAUAAAUGGCACCGUUG